AAGGUAAAAUCUGCAUCAUUUCGCUUGUCUUGGUUGGUUUCCGUGAAUUUGACGAAACCAACCGGACGCUUUUCCUCAUCGGGCGCACAUUCAGGAUCUGCAUUUUGCAAAAGUUAAAGUAGUGACGUUUGCCUGUUACUAUUUUUUUUUUUUUGAAUCCUUCAUUCAAGUCGCGUGCCCACUUCUCUUUAUGAUAAUCAACGGCAAUUCUCUAUAUCAACUGCCUGCCUUCAUGGGGCUUCUCCUGCCUGUAAAAAAGUCCCAAUGAUUCCAAAAUUGUUGCUUUCGAGUCUUUGCAGUCUUGUUGUCUGCGCGUCGGCCAUUCCUAUCACAGAUCAACAAGUCUUGGACAGUAAUACGUUACCUGUGAAUGUCGACGUCUACUCUCCAAGUGACAGGGGAGAGUCUUCCAGACAGCUCUCGGGGCGAUUUCUUCAUAUUACAGAUUUCCACUUAGAUCUACACUAUAAAGCUAAGACCUCGGAUAAGCAAGUAUGCCACCGAGGAAAAGGUCCAGCAGGACCUUUCGGUGAGCCCGGGACUGAAUGUGACUCCCCCCGCGCUCUGGUGGACGAAACGUUUCGCUGGAUAGAAAAGAACCUGAAGGGAAAGAUUGAUUUUGUGGUCUGGACUGGGGAUUCUGCCCGACAUGAUAAUGACGAAAAAAUUCCGCGAACGGCCGAUGAGAUAGCAGACUUAAACGAGAUCCUUGCGGACAAAUUCAUCAAUCUUUUCCAAGACAAGAGUGCCGCCCGUGGCCUUUCUAUUCCAAUCAUUCCCACAAUCGGCAACAACGAUAUUAUGCCGCACAACAUCUUCAAAGACGGCCCAAAUCGCUGGACAAGGAGGCUUGGCGAAAUUUGGGGGAAAUUUAUCCCCGAGCACGAGCGGCAUACUUUUGAAGAAGGGGGGUGGUUCACAGCAGAUGUGAUUCCAAACAAGCUGGCCGCCAUCAGCCUGAACACCAUGUAUUUCUUCGAAUCCAACUCCGCGGUGGACGGGUGUGAGGCAAAGUCGGAGCCCGGUUUCGAGCACAUGGAGUGGCUCCGUAUACAGCUUGAAUUGCUACGAGCCCGUAAAAUGAAGGCGAUCCUUAUCGGGCAUGUCCCCCCCGCGCGAGCCGGGUCUAAACGGAGCUGGGAUGAAACCUGCUGGCAGAAAUAUACACUGUGGCUCGACCGGUUUAGAGACGUUGUCGUUGGCAGUGUUUACGGGCAUAUGAACGUCGAUCAUUUCAUGCUACAGGACAGCCAAAAAGUCAACCUCGUCGAGGACGGUGAUUCUGUGACUCUUGAGAUCGAUGACACCCCAGGAAACUUCUCUAUACAGUCUCGUUCGAGCUACUUGUCUAACCUGAGGAAGGAUUGGGCCAAAUUGCCGUCACCGCCAGAUAUGUCGUCCGACGCAAUAGACGAGCUGCUUUCGGGAGACCUUUUCGCAGCUAGUGAUUCUGAUGACAUUCCUCGGGUGCUGGGAAAGAAAGAACGGCGAUUUUUGAAGGAAGUUGGUGGUCCCUGGGCUGAGCGAUAUAGUAUCUCGCUUGUGUCACCCAGUGUCGUGCCAAACUACUUUCCCACAUUAAGGGUCAUUGAAUACAACGUUACUGGCCUAGAAGCUGUGACGACAUGGGCUGAUACCCCUUACAGCGAUGUUUCUUUUGAAUCCGUUGCUCCUGAUGUCUCAUUAGACGAUGCUGAGCAAUUGAAGCAGAAAAAGAAGGGCAAGAAGGACAAGAAGAAAAAGAAGAAGAAGAAGAAGAAGACACCACACUUUAAGAUCCCUGACCACCCAUCGCCAACUGCCCCACCAGGCCCAGCGUACUCCAACCAGGCGCUGACGUGGCUAAGCUACACUCAGUACUUUGCCAACCUGACUCAGAUCUACGAUGAGGCGGCGACCAUAUCUGGUCACCCAGAUUUAUACAGGAUCGAGUAUGACACUAAAGAUGAUAUGAUUUACAAGAUGGACGACCUUACCGUGCGCAGUUAUUUCAAACUGGCGACGCGAAUUGCAGAGAAGAACCCGAACAAAGAAGACCUGUUGGUCACCGAUACCAAUAUAUCUGAUACGAGUGAUGAUGGAUCUUCCGAAGCGGCGAAGAAAAAGAAGCAUAAGAACCGAGUCUGGAGGACAUUUUUAUACCGCGCUUUUGUUGGGUUUCUGGGAGACGACGACCUUGACGAUACUCAAGAAUGAUUUGCAUUGAUUUCCAUUUGUUGGUUUUGGUUUAGCGUUUUAGGUAUAUUUUCCUAUGUGUUAGACGCUGUAUUAUUAUUAUUCUUCUUCUUCUUGUUAUUAUAGAAGGCUGAUUUGCCCUUAUCCUCAGACAUUGGUGCGGCUGUACAUAUUAUAUUGGCUGCCAUUUGAGGAGGACUAGAACACCAUGACCAGUUUAUAUUUAGACGAAUUUUGAACUGAAAUUUUGCCCUUGAAAAGAG